GCCGUCGCCGCCUUCCCCGGUACGCCGCCCGUCCCCUCCCAAAACCCUGCACCACGCGCGGAGGCGGAGCCCAGCCAGAACCUUCCGUCUAGGGUUGCCGCCACCAUGGCCUCCUCCCCCUCCGGCAUCGCCCUCGACACGGAGCUCAGCUUCCACAAGAAGAUGGCGGGCAAGAUGGACCUGCGGAAAGCCAGGGACUCCAAGGGGAACACCGCGCUCCACUCCGCUGCUUCCAGCGGCUGCCUGGCGAGCUGCCGGUUCCUGGUGGAGGAAUGUGGCAUUGAUGUCAAUGUGGUGUCCAAAACAGGUGUGACGCCGAUGUCCUAUGCCGCACAUGAUGGUAAUGCCCAGGCUAUGAGGUACCUUCUUGACCGCGGUGCCGACCCUGCGAUGCCUGACGAGAGGGGCUCCACACCGCUGCACAAUGCAGCACUGCAAGGGCAUUAUGAGGCUGUAAGGCUAUUGCUUUCCAAAGGAGUUCCAGUGGAUCCUGUUGAUCAUCGGGGGGCACCAUUACACUUGGCUGCUUCAAAUGACCAUGUUGAGGUUGUGAAGGUUCUGCUGGAGCAUUCUGCUGAUCCAAAUAAAGUGGCCAAUCAAAUAUUUUCACCUGUCCUGGUGGCUUGCUAUAAGCGGUCCUUGAAAUGCAUCAAGCUACUGAUUGAGGCUGGUGCUGAUGUGAAUGCUCCUGGUUACCCUGCACCAACUCCUUUAAUACAAGCAGUUAAUGAUGGCUUGACUGAUUUUGUCAAGCUGCUCCUAGAGGCUGGGGCUGACCCUAACAUUCCUAGCCAGCUUGGUGCAAUUCCACUCGAGCGAGCAGCAGCUCAAGGUCGACGUGACCUUGUUGAAAUUCUGUUACCUAGCACAAAACCAAUUUCAUCUCUGCCAGAUUGGAGUGUUGAUGGUAUAAUUAGAACUAUGAAUUCUCGGCGCAUCAAUCCUCUUCAGGCCGCAGUUUCGGAUGAAAAAAGAAUUGCUGAUUUCAAGUCACGAGGAAAGGAAGCAUUUGCAAAGGAAGACUACUUUACAGCAAUGUACUUCUUUGACCUGGUAACUCAGAUAGACCCAGAUGACGCCACCUUAUUUUCCAACAAGAGCCUCUGCUGGCUGCGUUUGAGAAAUGGGGAUCAAGCUCUGGAAGAAGCACGGAAGUGCAGAAUGAUACGGCCCAAUUGGUUCAAGGCCUGGUAUCGUGAAGGCGCAGCCCUGAGUUUCAUGAAGGACUACGAAGGUGCCGCUGACGCGUUCCAAGAGGCGCUGCAGCUCGACCCUAAGAAUGAGGAGAUCAGGGAAGCCCUGAGGGAGGCCGAGAAGGCAUUGGAGGAGCUGCGAGUGUAACAUAAGCAACUGCUAAUGUAAGACAUAGUCGUGCAUGGAGAAGGCAGAGAGGAGAACCUGUGUGGAUUGAUUCCUCUCGCAUCACUGUGAUGAACCCUACUGUGUAUUCUUGCACUGGAAUGCCGGCUACUGCGUACCCUAACUAGUACUAAUAUCAAUGACUGCUCGUAUGUUAGAAGUUGUGGUAGCCAGUUUCAAACUUUGUGCUCGAUGAUCGAGGGGUCUCGAUUUUUGGGAGGCUAUGGUGAUUGAGAGUUUGAGACCCCGAGUUAUGCAGGUAUGGUGCUGAGCUGUAUAUAUAGGUGGAUGUUAUGUUAUGUCGAUAGUCACUGAGCAUUUUGUGGGUGAGAAGUGAGACCCAGAUGAAAAAUGCAUAGCCACUAGCA